GUAAACGGUAGAAGUAGAAAGAUGGAGGCGGCUGUGUUCAUUCUGUCCCUGGUCGACUGCUGUGCACUGAUUUUUCUCUCCGUUUAUUUUAUCAUAACUCUGUCAGAUCUAGAAUGUGACUACAUUAACGCCAGGGCCUGCUGUUCUAAGCUCAACAAAUGGGUGAUUCCAGAGAUGCUUGCUCAGUGUCUCUCCACCUUGCUGAUGUUGUGGUCCAUGCACUGGUUCAUCUUCCUCCUCAACCUGCCUGUUGCAGUCUGGAACAUUUAUAGGUAUGCCAAGGUCCCAAUGGGGAACAUGGGUGUAUUUGACCCCACUGAAAUCCACAACCGGGGUCAGCUCAAGUCCCACAUGAAAGAGGCCAUGAUCAAACUGGGUUACCACCUGCUGUGCUUCUUCAUCUAUCUGUACAGCACCAUUCUGGCUCUGAUCAACGACUGAGGGACGAUUGCAACUCUGGGUUCACUCCUCACAUCUGGGACUUUAUUUUGCGAACAAAUUGUCAGUGAUUCUGAUCCAGCCAUUUUCUACUUCAUGUGCCAUUGUGGAGACAGGGAAAAACAGCCGUUGUUCGAUGUCUGUGACCAGGUGUGAUUGUCUGUCAGGACGGAGGUUGGAGCUCAUGUGUUAUGUGUUUCUUCACAGUGAUGGUGCUGCGCUAUGGGUGUUGUCACCAUGACAACGCUGAGUCGGUACUCUGGAUGUGAAGAAGUUGUUGCACUCCAAAGUCACUUCUUUCAUAUUUUUUUAAAUAAAGCAAGGUAUUUGCAAUGAAGAACAUUCCCUCUGCAUAUCUGGAUUGUGAUUGACCUUGUCAGAGGUUUUGGUUCUAAUAAUUCACUUUCUAUGUUGCCCGCCAUGUUAGAUGAUUGAUUAUUGCUUUUUAACUUUGGUUGAUAUUUUUCUGAUGACGUUUUUACAGUUAGCCUGCAGCUUCUCACAAUAAACUCCACUUCUGCUGCCUCCA